AUGAAUUCUACUCCCGUUUCAAUGGAAGACCAGCAAAAAAAACUUUUAGAGGAAGCUUUGAACGUGGUUAAAAUUCAGGCAUUUCAAAUGAAAAAAUGCUUGGACAACAGCAAACUUAUGGAUGGUUUGAAACAUUGUUCUACGAUGCUGGCAGAGUUGAGGACUUCCGCACUGACACCAAAGAAUUAUUAUGAACUUUCUGCUUUUAUUUGUAAAGAUAUGGCAAUUUUUGAUGCUCUCCGAUACCUCACAACAUACCUUAAUGACGCACAUACUUCGGGAAAGCAUCACCUUGCAGACCUUUAUGAAUUAGUGCAAUACGCUGGAAAUAUUAUUCCACGUUUAUAUCUUAUGAUUACUGUUGGCAGUGCUUACAUGUCACAAAAAGACGCUCCAGUUAGAGAGAUUAUGAAAGAUAUGAUGGAAAUGUCUCGUGGCGUGCAGCACCCAACACGUG